CUUGCUCAAGGCGGCGCUGGGAGCCCACCGGUGGCAGGACCCGGCUCCGGCCCCGGACGGCUGGGAGCGCGGCGUGGAAACCGCAGGAGCCGGCGGGGCCCAGCGUCCGGCCGCUAAAACUUGCGACCGCGUUCCUCGCUCGCCACCACAUCCGCAAGCCCUAGCGCCGCCGCGCCCACCCUCGGGGUCUACCAGCCGCGCGCCGCGGACUAGGCGGCCCGAGGGCGCGCGCUGGCGGCGGGAAGCUCGCAGCGCCGGGGGCUCGCGCGACACGUGCGCGGGGAGCGCCGGGAGCGCGCCGGCCUGAGCCGCCGCCAGCACAUCCGCGACGCGCGGAAAAUUACAGAGGUGUAUUCCAGAGUUGACUGUUCAUGGCACAUACAGUUGGAGGUUGCUCACUGGCACUUAUUUUUAUCAUUGUGUUGUUGUUGGUUAAAGCAAAUAUAGAUGCGUGCAAGAGAGGAGAUGUGACUGUGGAGCCUUCCCGUGUAAUUUCACUUGGAUCAGCUGUCAAUAUUUCAUGCUCUUUGAAGCCCGAACAAGGCUGCUCACAAUAUCCCAGUUUUAACAAGUUAAUCCUCUACAGGUUCAAAAGAAGAAUCAAUUUUCUGCAUGGUCACUUCCUCAGUUCUCAAGUCACAGGUCUUCCUCUGGGCACAACAGUGUUUUUCUGCAGACUGGCCUGUAGCAAAAACAAGGAAUUACAAAUAUGUGGGGCAGAGAUCUUGGUUGGUGUUGUUCCAGAACAGCCUCAAAACUUAUCUUGUAUACAGAAGGGUGAACGUGGGACUGUGACCUGCACCUGGGACAGAGGACGAGACACCCAUCUAUAUACUGCGUAUACUUUACAGUUAAGUGGACCAAAAAAUUUAACUUGGCAGAAGCAAUGUAAUGGUCAUUAUUGUGACCAUUUGGACCUUGGAGUCAGUCUAACCCCUGAAAUGCCUGAAUCCAGCUACAUAGCCAAGGUUACUGCUAACAAUAGCCUUGGAAGUGCUUCAUCAUUUCCAUCCACAUUUACAUUCUUGGACAUAGUGAGACCUCUUCCCCCGUGGGACAUCAGAAUCAAAUGUGUAAACGCUUCUGUGAGCAGAUGUAUCCUUCGGUGGAGCGAUGAGGGGCUGGUGCUGCUUAACCGACUCAGAUACCGGCCCAACAGCAGUGGGCCCUGGGAAAUGGUCAGUACUACAAAUGCCAAAGGAAGACAUGAUUUGCUGGAUCUGAAGCCAUUCACAGAGUAUGAAUUUCAGAUUUCCUCUAAGCUACAUCUACAUAAAGGUAGUUGGAGUGAUUGGAGUGAAUCGUUGAGAACACAAACACCAGAAGAAGAGCCUACAGGGACAUUGGAUGUCUGGUACAUGAAACAGUACAUUGACUACAGUAGACAACAGAUUUCUCUUUUCUGGAAGAAUAUGACUGUAUCUGAGGCACAAGGAAAAAUUCUCCACUAUCGCGUGACCUUGCAGGAGGUGGCCGGGGGGAUAGUCACACUACAGAACAUCACAGAACACACCUCCUGGACGUGGGUCAUUCCCAGAACUGGAUAUUGGGUUGUGACUGUGUCUGCAGCUAACUCAAAAGGCAGUUCCCUGCCCACUCGUAUUAACAUAACGGACCUGUGUGGGACAGGGUUGCUGGCUCCUCGCCAGGUCUCUGCAAAUUCAAAGGGUGUGGACAACAUUAUGGUGACGUGGGAGCCUCCUGGGAAAGCUGCACCUGAUGUCCAGGAGUAUGUGGUGGAAUGGAGGGAGCUCCAUCCCAGGGGUGGCACACAGCCCCCUCUAAACUGGCUGCGGUGUACCCCACUCAACGUGUCGACUCUGAUUUCAGAGAACAUAAAACCCUACAGCUGUUAUGAAAUCAGCGUGUGUGCGAUAUCCAGGGACCAGAGAGGGUGCAGCUCCAUCCGGGGUAACUCGAAGCACAAACCACCACGGAGUGGCCCCCACAUUAAUGCCAUCUCAGAGGAAAAGGGGAGUAUGGUAAUUUCAUGGAACAAAAUUCCAGCCCAGGAGCAAAUGGGCUGCCUCCUCCAUUACAGGAUAUACUGGAAGGAACAGGACUCCAAUUCCCAGCCUCAAGUGUGCGAAAUUCCCUACAGGGUAUCCCUAAAUUCACAUUCAAUAGACAAUCUGCAGCCCAGAGUGACAUAUGUCCUGUGGAUGACAGCUCUGACAGCUGCUGGGGAAAGCCCCCCAGGAAACGAGAGGGAGUUUUGUCUGCAAGGUAAAGCCAGUUGGAGUGUGUUUGUGGCACCAAGCAUUUGUGUUGCUGUCGUCAUAGUGGGCAUUUUCUCAAUGCGUUACUUCCGGCAAAAGGUAUUUGUUCUCCUUUUGGCCCUCAGACCUCAGUGGUGUAGUAAAGAAAUUCCAGACCCAAUGAACAGCACCUGGGCCAAGAAAUACCCCAUCGUAGAGGAGAAGCAGCAGCUGCCCUUGGACAGGCUCCUGACAGACUGGCCCAAUCCUGAAGAACCUGAGACCCUGGUCAUCACUGAAGUCCUUCAUCAAGUAACCCCACUCUUCAGACAUCCCUAUCACCCCAACUGGCCAGUCAAGGGGCAAGGAGUCCAAGGUCACUAUACCUCUGAGGAAGACACACAGUACAGUGCUUCAAGCCUACCACCUUCAAAAGCUCUCAUAGCAGAGACAGGACAACUAGUGGAUCUGUACAAGAUGCUGGGGAGCAGGGGCCCUGACUCAAAGCCAGGACACCUAGCGAGCCCUUUGACAGUUCUCCCAGUAGACUACCUUCCCACCCAUGAGGGCUACUUACCCUCCAACGUAGAGUAUCUCCCUUCACAUGAGGUUACUAUAACUGACCCUAUGGAAGAACUAGAGCCUCAACACAUCUCUCUUUCCAUUUUCCCUUCAAGUUCCCUUCACCCACUCACCUUCUCUUGUGACAAGAAGCUGACUCUGGAUCGGUUAAAGAUGGGAUGCAACUCCCUCAUGCUGUAAGUGGUGAAGUUUGGACAGUCAAUGUGUCCCUAACCCUGAAUGUGUCCCACCUCCCCAGCCUUCUACUCCAGUGGCCACACCUCUAGGGUGCUACCAUCAGGUUUGCAACUAGAGGGCAGACAAACAGCUCAGGAUCAAUCUUGGGAACUGAGAAUUGGCCUUAACCCAGAUACCUCAUCUUGCCUUCUCUAGAGAGCCUUGGGAUUGUGGGUAAUCCUUGAACAAUGUGAGGGUUAGGGGCACAAGCUUAAACCAGCAUAUUUUUUGACUCCCCAGAAAGAUAACUGUUGGCCUGAUGACCACUCUUAUUGAUGUAUUAUAUACUGUAUUCUACAAUAA